AUGGAAAAUGUUUUCCAUGACUACUAUUACAAGAUUCAGCCAGAAGUCACCAUCAGUGACCUUGCUGCCCUAAAGCAGAGUGAAGAUGAACCUACUCAAGAAUUUAUAACCAGGUUCAGGAAGCUCAAAAUGAAGUGUCGGAUCCCUAUGGAAGAAAGACACUUCAUCCAGAUGGCUCAGGCUGCCCUCAAAAUCUCUCUGAGAAAAAGAUUUGAUGGGAUGCUGUUUGGAGAUCUGGCAGAUAAACAUCCAAGUACGAGGAGCUGCUCAGGGAAGAACAGCAGAGGAUAA